AUGGCUUCACCAAAACCCGACACCGGGUCAGGGGCCCCGCGGAAUCGGUCCGAGAGCGUAACGUCCCCAUCACGGCCAGUUUCGCUUGAGCCGGAGAGGAGGCAUCGCGCCCAGUCAACUACACACAAAGACCCUGAACGCCCAGUCCCCACGGGGUUCGAUAGUACGGACCGCGUCUUUCCAAUUCGCUCCGUUGUGACAGUUGACCCGACCGCCAAUCCACCUCCGACUCAGUCGCGGGGUCCUGCAUCGCCCACCCGAGAUGGGCCCCGGCAGUAUUCAAUCAUCGAUUCCCAAACGUGGAAUCAACUACAGUCGCAACCCUUGUCAAACCCCCAGUCGAACAUCCCAGGCCACGAGACCGAUGCCAUCCAGGACCAGACAGAACUGGCCACCCACUCUAUGGCGUCGGUGCUCCAGCAGCACCCGGAGACUUAUGCCAAAGCCGCAAGCGAUAACCAGUCAAGGGCAAGCUCUGCGCAAUCGCCGACACCCGCCUCUCGGGACGGCCAUGACCAUAUGACCGCCCGCUUCAAACAUGUGACGACCGAAGGGGGGCAUGCGGUGAUCACAGGAAGAGACGGGGGUUCGUUCCAGUAUUGUGAAGAUGAGCCAAUUCGCUUUCCCGGUGCAACCCAAGGAUUUGGGGUGAUGAUUGCAAUGCGGGGGGAAUCGCCGAAUCAACUCGUCGUGCGCGUGGUCAGUGAAAACUCUGGCGAACUUAUGGGAUAUUCACCAAAACAGCUGUUUGAAUUGGAGAACUUCUGUGACAUUCUGCCGGACGACCAAGCGGACAUACUUCUGGACCACGUAGACUUCGUUCGUGAUGAUGCUCAUGACCCGAUUGUAGACGGGCCUGAGGUAUUCGUCUUGUCCAUCCCCACGCCAUCCGGGGAGAGGCGCCGAUUUUGGUGUGCCACACAUGUCAGCCAGUCCCAAAAGGAUAUGAUUAUCUGCGAGUUCGAGCUCGAGGACGAUGAGAUCAAUCCCUUGAAUGUCGAGGGCCAGGCGACACCAGCUCAGACUGCGGACACCCUAGGCAUUGUUCCUACUCCGGAGCAAUUAGCUGCGAGUACCAUUAAUAUCAGCCAACCACUUCGCACUCUGCGCAGUGCGCGGCGAAGGAAGGGCGAAGCUGCGGCAAUGGAGGUUUUCAGUAUCCUUACUCAAAUCCAGGAGCAGCUCGGCCGGGCAAGUGAUUUAGAUACAUUGCUCAAUACGACGGCUGGAUUAGUAAAGGAACUGACUGGCUUCCACCGGGUUUUAAUCUACCAGUUUGAUAGCAGUUGGAAUGGAAUGGUCGUAGCCGAGUUGUUGGAUCCGAAAGUCAGCGUCGAUCUCUACAAAGGGCUUCGUUUCCCGGCCUCGGAUAUCCCCGCCCAGGCUCGCGAGCUCUACAAGAUCAAUAAGGUACGGUUACUAUACGAUCGAGACCAGAACACCUCUCGCCUUGUCUGUCGAACACUGGAAGACCUUGAAAACCCCUUGGACAUGACGCAUGCAUAUCUACGGGCCAUGUCACCCAUCCACAUCAAGUACUUGGCGCACAUGCAAGUGCGGUCAUCCAUGUCGAUUAGCGUCAAUGCCUUCAAUGACCUCUGGGGGUUGAUCUCGUGCCAUUCUUAUGGAAUCACCGGAACGCGGGUUGCAUUUCCCAUUCGGAAGAUGUGUCGCCUGCUGGGCGAUACGGUAGCACGCAAUAUUGAACGCCUUUCCUACGCAUCUCGCCUACAAGCACGCAAGUUGAUCAAUACCGUUCCCACCGAAGCAAGCCCAUCGGGAUACAUCAUCGCAUCUUCGGACGACCUGCUCCAACUUUUCGAUGCGGACUAUGGUGCUUUGUCUAUUCGCGACGAAACCAAGCUGUUGGGCAACAAUUCGCAUUCCCAGGAAAUAUUAGCACUGCUGGAGUUUCUACGUAUCAGACGGAUGCCAUCUGUUCUUGCCUCGCACGAUAUCACCAAGGAUUUUCCCGAUCUUCAUUAUCCCCCUGGCUUGAAAACCAUCUCGGGCUUGCUUUAUGUGCCGCUAUCUACUGGCGGUAGUGACUUCAUUGUCUUCUUCCGUCGAGGUCAACUGACGGAAAUCAAAUGGGCCGGAAACCCGUAUGACAUUGCAAACCAAAAAAAGACUGAGGGCUAUUUGGAACCUCGUCAAAGCUUCGCUGCGUGGCGUGAAACGGUCGUGAGCCAAUCCCGCGAGUGGUCUGAAUCCGACGUGGAGACUGCCGCCGUGCUGUGCCUGGUGUACGGCAAGUUCAUCAAGGUCUGGCGGCAAAAAGAGGCUGCGAUGCAAAACUCCCAAUUGACCCGACUUUUGCUGGCCAACUCUGCACAUGAGGUCCGCACCCCGUUGAAUGCGAUCAUCAAUUAUCUCGAGAUUGCGUUGGAAGGGGCUCUUGAUUCUGAAACUCGCGAAAGCCUGACCAAAUCCCAUUCUGCCUCCAAGUCUCUCAUCUACGUCAUCAACGACCUUCUCGACCUGACCAACACCGAGAAAGGCCAAGCCCUCAUCAAAGACGAAACUUUUGAUCUCCUGUCAACCUUCCAAGAAGCUACCGACAUGUUGGCUGGUGAAGCCAGGCGCAAACAUAUCUCGUACACAACUUGGGCACACCCCGGCCUCCCUCCAUUCGUGCUGGGUGAUCAGCGGCGCGUGCGGCAGGUCUUUUCCAAUCUUGUUUCAAAUGCCAUCCAGCAUACGGAUUCAGGUACUGUCACAGUCGAGAUGUGGCGCUCGGCUAAACAGACAGCCGCGGACCUUGUUUCAGUAGAAAUGAUGGUCAUCGACACGGGUUCGGGUAUGUCUAAACCCAAACUGGAAAUGCUCUUCCAGGAGCUCGAGCAGGUCUCCAACGAUGAAAAUCCCUACCCGGAAAAUGAUGAACCCCAGAAACCGGAACAGACGCGUGUUUUGGGCCUCGGUCUCGCAUUGGCGGCUCGGAUCGUUCACAACAUGCAUGGCCAGCUUGGCGUUCGGUCUGAUGAAGGCAAGGGUAGUCGAUUCAAGAUCAUCUUGCAGUUCCGACUUCCAGAAGGAGCAUCGGCUCAACCCCCCUCGGAGGCUGUUUUUCCUGCCCAUACCGUGCCACAGACUCCCAUGGCGUCGGGCAAGGAAUUCACGUUAGUUGGCGGCGCAUCCGAAUCCCCCAGCGAGAGCAGGCGACGGGGCUCUGAAAGUCUCCGCAGCGGGAAAAGCCAUGCCGAUCGUCUUAUCAGCGCCAUGCAGGAGCCUCCGUUGAUCCACAGGAGCACCAGCGAAGAGUUCGAGACGAGGCAAAUGAGACACUCCAUGAGCCCCCGGGGCGGUAGUAUGACUUCGCCUCCGACGGGCUCCCCUCCAUCGACCCUCAGGCGCUCCACAACGACCCACGACCCUCUCGCCAGUCUUUCCACCGUCACGCAUGCACCACCCCUUACACUGCAGCCACUUGUGACCCCGCCUCCUCCAGGUGUGCAGAAUAUUACUGAUUCGGGCGUUCCGAUGGGCGCGGUCCGUGUUUCUGAGCGAGGCGGGCAGCACCAACAUCACCAGUCACAGAUGCUUCGUGAUCAUUCUUAUUUCCCGCCAACCGACGCACCAAGUGCAGGGAUGUCAGAUGCACCUUCCACUGCUCCUCCGUCUCCAACGGCCCCAACCACUGCACCAUCUACCGAUUCAAAAUUACUGACGGUGCUUGUCGCCGAGGAUGACCCGGUCAACAGCAAGAUUGUCCACAAACGUCUGACCAAGCUCGGCUACACGGUUCAACUCACCAGCAACGGUGAGGAAUGCGCAAACGCUUUCAUGGACCAGAGCAAGUCAUUCGACGUCGUUUUGAUGGACAUUCAGAUGCCCAUUGCCGAUGGCAUAAGCGCAGCCAAGAUGAUCCGCGAUUUUGAAGCCAAGGCCACAAAAAGUGCGCUCUCGACUAAAGCCCAACGGAAUGCCCGGAUUCCCAUUUUUGCAGUGUCAGCCUCACUUCUGGAAAAGGACAAGCAGCUCUAUAUCGAUACCGGUUUUGAUGGCUGGGUCAUGAAACCCAUCGACUUUGCCCGGCUCAAUGUGCUCCUCAGCGGCUUGUGUGAUCCGGUGGCCCGCGGAAAAGCCACCUACAAGCCUGGUCAAUGGGAGAUCGGUGGGUGGUUUGAUCAAAGUUAA